ACGACCCUUAUCCCCACCACCGGUGUUCAGUACCGUAUUCGGGUAGUUCAGGUAUUGCCCUCUCUCUCAUUUAUUUUUCCAAUGGAGAAAAAGUGAGUGCCGAAAAACCGGAGGGGGUUGCGCACACAUUUGGGAAGAGAGACGGCUCAAACUGAGACGUCUUGGCAGUCUUACGGAAGUAUCGGUACCCUCAGGCCACCAAAAGUACCAUUUCAACGGUUGAACAAACUUGGACUGAGUAAAACGUCAAGUGUCAAGUUGAUUAUCACAUGAGAUAUAAAUAUAAAAAAUUUAAUAAAUUGAGAAUAAUUGAGUUGCAAUAAUUUAAAUGCGUGUCGAGUGGAUUAAUAAUUAUGGUAAUGGUGGUUUGACGUUAAUCGUCGAGUGCUUGGUGACCCAUAGGAAUUAGUUCUGGUUGGUAAACACUAAUUGUUUAAACAAUGAGACUGUGGAUGAUAUUGGGUGCGCUGGCUGUGGCUGUGCCAGCAAUUCCCGCUGAUAUAAGCAGGAAUAAGAACAGGGGAAGAGGCUCCAUGUGGUGGGGAAUUGCCAAAGCUGGUGAACCCAACAAUCUUCUGCCAAUGUCACCGGCUUCACUCCACAUGGAUCCGACGGUUUAUGCUACACUCAGGCGUAAACAGAGGAGAUUAGCUAGGGAAAAUCCUGGGGUACUUAUGGCUGUUGCCAGGGGUGCUAAUCAGGCUAUUAUGGAGUGUCAGCACCAGUUUAGGAAUAGGAGGUGGAAUUGCUCCACCAAGAAUUUCCUCAGGGGAAAGAAUUUAUUUGGAAAAAUCGUCGAUCGAGGAUGCAGAGAGACGGCAUUUAUUUAUGCAAUCACCAGUGCAGCAGUGACGCACAGCAUUGCAAGGGCAUGCAGCGAGGGUACCAUUCAGUCAUGCUCCUGUGAUUACACUCAUCAGUCUAGGGCACCUUCUCAGGUGCGCGACUGGGAGUGGGGGGGUUGUUCGGACAACAUCGGUUAUGGAUUCAAAUUCUCCCGGGAGUUUGUUGAUACCGGGGAGCGGGGGCGAAACCUCAGGGAGAAAAUGAAUCUCCAUAAUAACGAAGCUGGCAGAGCGCACGUCUCCUCGGAGAUGCGUCAGGAGUGCAAAUGCCACGGAAUGUCGGGUUCGUGCACAGUGAAGACGUGUUGGAUGCGUCUCCCAAAUUUUCGUAUAAUCGGUGACAACCUGAAGGAUCGAUUCGAUGGUGCCUCGAGAGUAAUGGUGAGCAAUUCGGAUCGAGCACGAAAUGGCAAUGCAAUAGUGAGUAAUUCAGCGAGCAAUUCGGUGCAUGGGCCACGUCAAGGCCUGGGAAGACGUCACCGUUACAAUUUUCAACUGAAACCGUACAAUCCUGAGCACAAACCACCAGGUGCCAAGGAUCUCGUUUACCUGGAGCCAUCACCACCAUUCUGUGAAAAAAAUCCAAAGUUAGGUAUACUUGGGACACAUGGUAGACAGUGCAAUGACACGAGUAUCGGUGUCGAUGGUUGUGAUUUAAUGUGUUGUGGCAGGGGCUACAAGACCCAGGAGGUUAUUGUCGUUGAGAGAUGUGCGUGUACAUUUCACUGGUGCUGCGAGGUCAAGUGUCAGUUGUGCAGGACAAAGAAAACAAUACACACGUGCCUAUGAAUUAACAACAAUUCACACCUCUUCCUGGUGAAGGGGUUCAUCUGAGUUGUCACAAGGGAAUGCAAUUUUCAUUAAAAUAACACGAGGAGACCAUUGUCAUUUUAACCUGUUAAUAUUUUUAAUUCAGUUAUGAAAAUGUCUGUGAGUUCUUCCGCGUUUUAUUUCACUGUUUAAUUAUAUUAAUUUUCAUGAUUUUACGAAACAAGAAAAUUGGUAAUUUCACGGGUUAAUUUUUAACAGUGUUAAUUACGCGUCCAGUAUUAUGCGAGGAUGGGGUGUUUUUUUUUUCUUUUUUUUUUUAAUUAUUUAUUGACACUCUGUUGAGUGUUUUAUCAAAGACUGAGAUGGAUUGAGCGGUUAGAGAAUGCUAGAGGGAUUUUUCUAUUCUGCGAUGGUUAUUUUCUAUUGUACAUAGUAGGAAUAUCUUAAUCAAUUAGGGGAUUCCCCCGUUUUCGAUGAGCUUUUUUGGAUACAGUCUUUUGUAUUUUUUUUUUCUUAUGUUUUCCAAGUUAUUUAUUAAUGCAAGAUGGACGCCCUGGGGUACCUGGGGGUACAGUCUAUCUUGUAAAUAGUCUAAGAGUUUAUAAACGAUCCGGUUAUGUGCUUAACACUGUACAUAUUAGCGCUCCCCUUUCAUAAAAUGCCUGUAAAUAUUAGGAAUUGUAGAGAAAGAAUUAUGAUUAAAUCGUACAACUUAUGCAACGAGAAUAUUUAAAUUAUUUUUUUACACUCCCCUGAAUUAUCCGCAAUUCUACCAGUGCAGUGGGUGCUGAUUCAACUAUUUUUCUCAAUAAUUUAUAUUUAUAUAUACUGCGGAAAAAAUUGUCGCUCACCUAUAUGAAU